CUGGGCUAUUAUCUGCACUUUAUACAGGUGCAAUAUAUUUGUCUAAAUGUCUACGCCCUGCGGCAUAUAUUUAAAUUAUUAACAUCAUGCUACCCAGGGAAUCUAUUAGUAUUUUGUUGGUCCUUGAACAAAAACAAUAAUUAAUGCAAUGUACCGGGCACCAUAUAUAAUUGAUUUGCAAGCUAGCAUUAAGCCUAACAAGGGACUAUGAAAACCACAUACCCAUCCACCCAGCUCCCACAUUAGGUGGGUGUGCCCUGUCAGCGGGGCACUUUUAGGGAAACACUAAUGGCUUCCAGCUAGGUGGAAAAUUUGUGACAGCAAAAGAAAAGUCUGCAAAUUUGAAUUUGAAAGCCUCAAAAUUGCCUGGUAUUUUCUCUGCUAGCGCUCGCCCAGAAAAUGUUGUUUUCCGGUGUGCCAGCCUCCAUUGGUAGCCAGUGGUCUGAGAAUGAAACGGUGAAAUGUAGGCAUUAGCCAGUCCGCCCUCUCAAGCUGGAGGGUCACAUAAGCCUUUAAGCCCACCCUCAAAUGAAAGUCUAUUGACCAUUCAUCAAAGCUCGUUGGCUGAUCGUUGAGUGGCUCCCCAUUCAGUUUAUCAAGUCUUGCACAUGGGAAGUCAGGGAAGGCCUUAUUCAGCUUUGUUAAAGACAUCUAGGAGUAAAAUGCCUCAUUUGAACCCGUUUUGCCCUUGUUUUUCUCUGUGUUAAUGCAGCCCUGCUUAAAAGAGUGCCUUUAUUUGGUGGGUUAGAAUAUCCAAGACGAUUAAUUCUCUUAGGCUGAAUAGGAGGUGUCAGGCCGGAGCAGAUGGGAUAGAGAGGUUGGGUUGGCUGUUUUGCUUUUAAGUAGGAUCAAUGAGGUUUCAGUGUCUAUUCAAAACACUCACUUAAUGCCCACUGGCCAGAGUCAUGAAUUGAGCAUGUAUCAUCCCACGGGUGCUCAAAAGCAGCGUGAAUUCUGGGCAAACUUAAAGAGACCAGAGGGAGAAAACACUCUUGAGCUCCUUGUCUGAUAACUGGCACGCAGCACAGAUGCAUUUUCACAGCCUCCCGGGCCCUUUCGAUCGCACUGAGAAGCGUUGCACAAUGCCAGACUCACCUGUGGAUGUAAAAACACAGUCCAGGCUGACGCCUCCAACGAUGCCGCCUCCGCCUACGACACAAGGAGGGCCAAGGACCAGCUCAUUCACUCCCACAACAUUAACAAAUGGCACAAGUCACUCACCAACAGCACUGAAUGGAGCUCCCUCACCUCCGAAUGGCUUUAGCAACGGACCUUCAUCUUCUUCUUCAUCGUCACUGGCAAAUCAGCAGUUGCCUCCGGCGUGUGGCGCGCGGCAGCUCAGUAAGCUCAAGCGAUUCCUCACUACAUUGCAGCAGUUUGGGAAUGACAUCUCCCCGGAAAUAGGAGAAAGAGUGCGCACACUUGUGCUCGGACUGGUGAAUUCUACAUUGACAAUUGAAGAAUUUCAUUCCAAACUGCAAGAAGCAACUAACUUCCCACUGCGACCCUUUGUCAUCCCAUUUUUGAAGGCCAAUCUGCCCCUGCUACAGCGGGAGCUUCUGCACUGCGCACGGCUGGCCAAGCAGAACCCAGCCCAGUACCUCGCUCAGCACGAGCAGCUGCUUCUGGAUGCCAGCACCACCUCACCUGUUGACUCCUCAGAGUUGCUUCUCGAUGUGAAUGAAAACGGGAAGAGGAGAACUCCAGAUAGAACCAAAGAAAAUGGCUUUGACAGAGAGCCUUUGCACUCAGAACAUCCAAGCAAGCGGCCGUGCACUAUAAGCCCAGGUCAGCGGUACAGUCCAAAUAAUGGUUUAUCCUUCCAACCCAAUGGACUGCCCCAUCCGACCCCACCACCACCUCAGCAUUAUCGUUUGGAUGAUAUGGCCAUUGCCCAUCACUACAGGGACUCGUACAGACAUCCCAACCACAGGGACCUCAGGGACAGAAAUAGACCUAUGGGGUUGCACGGAACACGCCAAGAAGAAAUGAUUGACCACAGACUGACAGACAGAGAAUGGGCAGAAGAAUGGAAACACCUUGAUCAUCUGUUAAACUGCAUAAUGGAUAUGGUGGAAAAAACAAGAAGAUCCCUCACUGUGCUACGGCGUUGCCAGGAGGCCGACCGAGAGGAACUUAAUUACUGGAUCAGGCGGUACAGUGAUGCGGAGGAUUUAAAAAAAGGUAGCAGCAGCAGCAGCAGCCAUUCCAGACAGCAGAGUCCUGUGAAUCCAGAGCCUGUUCCCUUAGAAUCGCAUCGGGAAUUCCUGCACAGGCCUGCUUCUGGAUACGUGCCAGAGGAGAUCUGGAAGAAAGCUGAGGAAGCAGUCAAUGAAGUUAAACGGCAGGCAAUGACGGAGCUGCAGAAAGCUGUGUCUGAAGCAGAGAGGAAAGCACACGAAAUGAUAACUACAGAAAGGGCAAAGAUGGAAAGAACGGUGGCAGAAGCGAAACGCCAGGCGGCAGAAGAUGCACUCUCUGUUAUCAAUCAGCAGGAAGACUCUAGCGAGAGCUGCUGGAAUUGCGGUCGUAAGGCGAGCGAAACCUGCAGCGGCUGCAACACUGCGCGGUACUGCGGAUCAUUUUGUCAGCACAAAGACUGGGAGAAACACCACCAUAUUUGUGGACAGACUCUCCAAGCGCAACAACAAGGGGAGACGCCAGCAGUCAGCUCUUCUGUCACACCCAGCAGUGGAGCAGGAAGUCCCAUUGAUACACCACCAGCAGCAACACCAAGAUCCACCACUCCUGGAACCCCUUCCACCAUAGAGACAGCUGCCCGUUAACUCUAUUUAAAAAAAAAAAAAAACUGAGUUGUUCAAAAACAUUAAAGACACAAUGAAACCAAUUCCUCAUUUUCAGAUGUUCAAAGAUUUAAAAUGUACUGUCACGAUUCAAUACUACAAUAACAAUGAACUUCUUUUAUGUUGAAGUAGUAAACACAGAAGGGCCAGUAACGGGUCACAAGGACUUCUUACGGAAAACAAAGAUAUCUUUUCUUUAGAAAACUGAAAGAGAGCAAAGAAAUAUAACUCAAACACAUGCUAGAUUUGACCUCUUCCCUGGUAUUUUUCAGUAGCUGGGAUUUUAAACUAGAUGACCUCAUUAAAAUAGGCUUUACCAAACAGCAAACCAAGAGAUUGCUAAUUGCUGUUAAAAGCAAGGGAGAAAAACAAAAAAGAAAUAAAAAAUAUGAAAACUAAAAUCACAUUGUUCUUUAUAACAAAAAAAAAAUAAUGGAAAAUUGAGAGGAACUCCUCAAGGGCCGUAGCAUUGGAUAGAGCAGUCAGCGUUUAACAAGGAGAUGAAUGGCGUCCAUGGGUAACUGACUGAACUUUGAAGACCCGCUACAAAAACUCGCAGAUGUGCAGCAGAUUGGAAGGACUCACAGAUGUUCAUCUUUUUUUUUUUUUUCUAAAACAUGUUUCUAAAAAAAAAAAUGUAAUAAUAUCCAGGUCAACAGAACGAAAAAAAAAAAAAGAAAGAUGAUUUGCAGUGGGAUGUAUGACUACAGCAGCGACGGGGGAAAUAUGCCAUAAUGCAAAAAAAAACCAACAACAAAAAAAGGUUUCUUUCGAGGAACACGGUGGCCGCGUUUAAUUUACACCCUUGGCAUUGGUGACAUCAAGCAGCUGCCCCAGACGACCUUUCAACAUUUCUUUACAUUCACAGAGGAAGACAAUCCGGUCUAUUCCAACUAAUUUAUAUUUUUUAUUGAAAAAUAAUAAAAAUUUUAAAAAAAAGACAGGUUCAUACACAGCGGCAACAGCUCCAACCCACUUCCGAUGUUCUCCAUCCCCUCAUGUGUGGAAUAAAAAAUUCACUAAAAACUAGUAGUUCUCUUGGUGUUGAAACCACUCCUGUCCUGUGAGCUUUUCCCAAUGGUGUUUUUUCUUGUAAAUGUGUUGGACAAAUGUGAAGAAACAUUGUAGUUUAACCAUGCCCGCCACAUUUAAUCUCUUUAUUCCUAGCUGGUGAGAAUCUUGUAUCUUUCUACGCUGCUUUUAUGUAUAUGUUAGUGAGAAUUCUCUUGUAGUACAAAACCACCCUUAUUAUGAUUCUUUUUUUUUUUUUUUAAAUUCUUUUGUCAUCACGAGAGAAAACGGAACGCUAUCUACCGGAGCUGCUAAUUCACUCUUCUAGAAUUUUUUCUUUUCCUGGAAACUAGCAUGCUUCACGGAAUGCUAACAUAUCGGUGUUUUUGUAGGAGGGAUGUACAUAAAUGUAUUUUUGCACUGUCACAAUGACUCCCUAGGCAUGCAUUUUUUUCCUUUUUUUUUUGGACAAAUUCGUUUUUUUUCCACGCAAUUUAUCGAUAGCAUAGAGAGUCAUGGUGAUUUUUUUUUUUAAAGAUUUGCUAAUAGGGAUUUUUUUUUAAAAAAAAUUUCAAAUAAACAAGUUAUCGCGCAAUAUAAAAGGGCAGUGCAUGUGUAUUGCUGCAAGAUAACUUUUAAUUUCUGAUUUUUUUUUAACGAAAUAUCGAUAAAUAGUUCCAAAUGCUGAGGCGUAGAAUGACAGCUUUAACACUGCUGAUAGUCAGGUCAUACAGUAUUCUACAUUAAGGGAAGUUAGCCAAAGACUGAUCUAAUGGACCAAAAUCUGAAUCUUUCAAGCACCCAUUCUAUGCUCCAGAGGAUCAGCAGGUUAAACAUGUUCAGUAAGGUACAGUGUGCAUUCAUUUAGCCUUUUAAUGUGCAGUUUCCAGACCAGAACUGCUUCUUAGUUGUAAUUGGGGAAGACCAGGGACUGGCUGUGUGCUUUCAAAUAAAUUGUAAUAUCUUGCUAAAGAGUUACCGUCAAGGUUUUCCAACACUACAAGAUGGUAAAACAGCCAACAACAGUGCAGAUGAAGCUUUUGGCUUAUUGUCGUUGUGGGGCCACAUUAUAUUGAAAUGAUGGUGCCAUAUUGAAUUCAGUGCCACUUUCCUCUACACCACUAAUACUCUGAUCAACUGCACUUUGAUCCAAGCCCUGCCGACUAAUAGGCUGAAAAAAAUAAUUACAUUUGGCGCUUACACACAGGCAGAAAUCUCCAAAGAAUUCAGUAAAAAGAAUAUUUAGGUCAUUCAUAGGGAUGUGCCAAAUCCACUUUUUUGGAUUCGGCCAAACCCCCGAACCCUUUGUAAACCGAAUCCUAAUUAAUAUAUCAUAAUUAGGUUUUGGAAGGGUUAAAUCUGGGAAAAAUCUUCAACUUCCGUGUUUACAUGACAAAAAGUCAUGUGAUCUUUCGGAUUCGGUUUGGCCAGAGGCAUGGAUUCGGCCGAAUCCGAAUCCUGUUGGAAAAGGCCGAAUGGAUUCAGUGCAUCCCUAUUAAUUUAUACCAAUUUUAUCCAUAUCCACAUAAAGGUGCAACAAUAUGUGAAUGAAAAGGAAAGGUUUGAGUAGAUGGGUCGGUUGGGUAAUGUUCAGUUUACAUUAUUUCCCUUUACACAGGAAGUCAAAUAGAAUUUGGUAGAAACAAUCUUUUUUAUCCACAUGGGGAGGCUAAUUUUUUUAUUUUUUUUUUUUAAUAUUGUGAUUUUUUUUCUUUAUUUCACAAAAAAAAUCCAUCCUGAUCUCAAAAUUUGUUUCAUACAUUUUGAAAAAUUUGACUUUUUCAAGAAAAUUCAAAUGAUCAAAUAGUUUGAAUGUUGAAAAUACACCCCCCAUUGACUUCCGUAGAAGCUAGCCAGGUCAUUGUAGCUGGAUUUUUGAUUUUGAAUUUUUUAAAAAAAAUUUUAACUGAUAAAUCUUGAAAACUCAGAUUUAAAAAUGUUACAACUUCAAAAUUUGUACCUUAAUUUUUAGGAAACGCAGAAAAAAAUUGAGCUGAAAUUUUAAUAAACUUGCCCCUAGUGUUUUCCUAUAUAGCUAUCAGUAGAGAAUGGCAUAAUGUCUGCACAAAGUGAGGAACCUUUCUCAGACUGAGAUGUGCAUCACAAUCCCCUAUGGUCAAAAAUACAAUAAGCAACAACUUACAAGGGUAGUUUGCCUUUAAACUAAGUUUUAUUAUGUUAUAGAAUGGUCUAUUCCUAGCCACAUUUCAAUUGGUCUUCAUUUUUCAAAGUUUCUGAAUCAUUACCAUUCUUCUUCUGCCACUUUUCAGCUCUCAAAUGGGGGUCACUGAUCCCAGCAAACAAUGAUUGCCCUGUGAGGCUACAGUUUUAUUGUUAUUGUAGCUUUAUAUUAGUUAGGCCCCCUACCAUUCAUAGAAACUGGACCCUAGCAACCAGAGAGCUGCUGGAAUUCUAAAAAGAUGAGCUGCUGGACAUAAUUUGAAAAACCACAAAAAAGUAAAAAAUGAAGACCAAUUUUGAAUCUACAUCAUAGUAAAAGUUACGUUAAAGAUGAACGACCCCUAAUACAAAGGCUACAUAAGGUUUGGUUUGGUUUUCCAAUUGCUCAUGGCGUAUUUUACUUUAUAAGCACAUAGCCAGAACCUUGGAUGAGUUAUUUCUUACCAUGGUGCUCCCAAAAUUCAUUUGAACCUUGUUUUCUUCUCAUUUGCCAGAGCUUCUCUAGGAAGCACUUAUGGAUCCUAGAAAUAUUGCAUCUUAAAUCCAUUUACCAAUCAGACAAUUUGAACAGCAUUAUCUUUUCGGACCCCCAUGUGUAAAACACAAACUAGCACAAUAUGUCUCAUUUUGUUCAUUCAGGGCACCCUGGCCGAAAAAGAAAAACAAAGCCUCCCCCUUCUUGAUUCUGAGCUCUCUCUCCUCCUUCUCUUUGUCCUUCCUCUUCUUUUGCUACAGUCUCCUCAGUGGCAAAAAGUUUCACUCUACCUCUGACAGCAUGUACAUUGCACCAGUUGCUAACAGAACUGGUCUAGAUAAACCAAAUGGGCACACAAGAACCUGGAUACCAAAAGUUACGCUCAUACAGCUGCAAACCAUAUCACUUCUUGGUAACAAUGCAGACCUCAUAAAACUAAAGAAAAAGAAAAAAAAAAAAAGAAUAAAAAAAAACUUUUGUUACUUUCCUUUUUUGCUUGUCACUUAUAUACAGGCUAUGUGAGAGUAUAAUUUGUAGGUAUAACACAUUAAAAAGAGUUAACUUCAUUGGAUAUAUCUAAAUGGUGGUCACAGAUAGGAAUAGGGCACCCAAACCUUUUCUUGCUCCUCCCACCUCCCUCUCUCUCUAUGACCCUUCUCUUUCAACUGUUGGGCUCUGUCAUGGGACUGUUUGACGGGGGCCGCCUGAUGUAUUUUUUAAGUUUUAAUUUUGUGUAGGUGCAUGUCUUGGGGAUUUUACAAAAUACAAGGCUGGUUUACUUAUGCAAAGCAUGCCUAAAGUCUGGAAUACAUAAAGUUGGGGGCAGGGUGGGCAAAAGUGACUUCAUGUUGUCCGAAUUCUUCAAGGGACAGUAAAAUAAAUUGGAGACUGUUGAAAUGCAAAUUUCUUUUCUUUUUUUUUUUUAAAUUUUUUUUUUUUUUUCCACUUUGGGUUCUGCAAGGUUAUUGUGAAAAAGUUGUUGUGCAAUACUUAAUUCAGACAUGUACCACAAGUUACUGGUAGACUAACACUGGGUGGGGAUGGGAGACAUCAUGCUUUCGUCAGCAUAAUCUUGAGCUUUCAAGUCUACUAUGUCUGAACUGUGGUUUCUUGUUUAUCCUUUUUCUUUAGUUGGACUGUAUUGUAUGGUCUGUCAACCUGUGAAUCUUUAAAGUAUGAUUCAGGUAUUGUUGUAUUCUUUACUGUGUAAUAAAAAUGUCAAAAAUGA